UAAUGGACUUUGUCUAUGAUUCCAGCCUGGCCUCGUAUGAGCUCCGGUUGCUCCAGCCACUGGCAGUCGAUCACCGUGUCCUUCGAUUCAAAACUCGGCGUGUCCCACGCGCAUCAAAGCCCCCUUACACAGCUAUUUCGUAUACGUGGGGUAACGAAGAUGCGUCAGAAGUUAUCUACUUAGAUAACCAACGUUUCCGCGUUAGGCUCAAUUUGUGGUCAUGUCUGUAUUACAUGGCUCAUGCUGCUAGAAAUAAUGGAGCGUGGGAUUGCCUUUGGGUAGACGCGAUCUGUAUCGACCAAACCAACGACGCCGAACGUAACUCUCAAGUCCGGUUAAUGGACCAGACAUACAGAGAUGCUGUCUGCGUGUCCGUCUGGCUGGGGCUCGUGACAUCGCCUGAGCACAUCGGGCCGCCUACACAAAUACCUAUCAGGACAGUAGAAAGCGAUGGAUUCGACUGGGCAGAGUCGAUAGUCGAUCUCUCGAAUCGCCCAUACUGGUCUCGCGUCUGGGUUAUCCAGGAGUUCCUACUUGGGCAAAAUGUCGAGCUGCAUUGUAGUGACAAUCGGAUAAAUUGGCUAGACUUUCAGGAAUUCCUAUGCCGCGAGGCUGGCAUAGAACAAUUCUACGAUGUGAAUGGCGACGUUCCCCAAGGAGACGGAACGACAGCACUCGCCGCUUUGCCGCUUGUCAUGGGGCGGCAUGUGGAUAAGCAUCCCGAGAUCUUACAACCACUCUGCGACCUGCUCAUUGACAACCGCAAGUCCAAAUGCAAGGAUCCACGAGACAGGGUUUUUGCGCUACUAGGACUUAUUCCCCUCGACGAAAGAGAGAUUCUCAGCAUUUAUUUCCCGGACUACUCCCUUACGGAGGACAAUGUGCUUAUCAUAACGCUGGCGCACUUGACACAGUUUCCUGCGCUGUCAAGAAUGCAGCGUGGUGGAGAAAAUAUUACUCCUGAUUCGGAGGAACUUUUCAUGGGUCUUGGUGUCGAACUGAAGCCACAAAGGAGAAGACUUCUGCGUCGAGCUAAGAGACUUGACUACUUAGCUCGUAUGUCUUCUCAGGAAAUGUUGAACUCUUUGGCUUGGCAUGAUGAGCUGGAGGAAUACGGAGGGGAAGAUACGGACGAACAGCAAGAGAUGAGUGAAACUGAACGACCGAGGCGUUCUAAUAGAAGGUGGCUUACGGUCUCGGUUAUAUCUGUACUAUUUGUGAUUUUGUUGAUGGGAAGUAGUAGACAUAAAUUUGGUAGUCGGUAAAAUCAUUUAUGGAGAUGAACGGUCAAUAUCUGGGACUCAGCAAGUAUGUAAAGAACUAUACAAGCUAGCAAUAGAGGUAAUUAUUAAAGCACUAGUUAGCAGAAAUGCA